UCUUUGACUCUUUGUUUAUGUGUUUGAUCAGCUAACGAAUGUAUCUCUGCUCAGUCUUGUACUGUGAGUCUCUUCAUUAACUCCUUUGUUUAUAUGUUGUGUCAUACUUAGAAUUUGGGAGAAUUCGUUAAUGUUGGGAAGGGUUUUUGUAGAUAUUCUUGAUUAUUAACCGGUUGUGUCAGCUAGCUAAAUGUGCAACUGAAACUGAGAAGAAAAUCUACUACUGAACGACAAGGUUUUGUGUGUUUGUUAUCAUUUCAUUUCAUGAAAAAACUGAAUAAUAAUGGCUAUUAUAACAUGGCUUUCUUCUUAUUUAAGAUAAUCUUUGUAAACUAGCAGGAGCUGACUCCAUUUCUUGAGUAACCAUGGUUCCAUGUUGAAGUUUUUUCACUUUAUUAAACUGGGCUUUCAUCUGUUUUACUUGCUAACAUCUUCAUUGCUUUCACCAGUUGCAUUGCAAUGUGUUUACUUACAUAAUGCAAUUGAUUUGAGUUUCUAGCUUAGUACUGCAGACAAAAUGGAGAAGACAAUCAGGUUUUUGGAUUUCGCGGUUGUCAAUGUCCGGCAGCCAUAAAGGAGUUUCAAGAGGGACGUUCAGGUGAAGGAACUGUUUAUUAUGUGCAGCUUGCCACAAACAAAAAAUCAGGGAGUAUUUGCUAAACUUGAAUUCACCACCAUGGAAGCUGCGAAAGUUAUCAAGACCUUAGCUGAUGAAGAACGUCUAUUCUAUGACGAUUCUUAUCUGAAAAGUCAUAAAGAUAAAGGCCAACCAUCUGCAAAAUCUGAUGUGAAAGGUUGUGAUUCUGUACCAAAGACAACAAAAUUAAAGAAGCGAACAAAGAAAGGGAGAUCUAAGCACAUGAACGGAACAUUAAACUUUGGAUGCCAUAUUUCAAAGGGAAAGUUCUCUGUGCUCUUAACACAAGAAACCGUUUCUGUGAAAUUUUUGGAUAGCGGAAAUAUCCUCUUCUAUCUAUUUUAUCAGUCCGUGAACUAUAGACUUAAUGUUUCCCAUGAGAGCAUUUCGCAGAUUGAGCUAUACUGUCCACGUGGUCAAACUUCCAAGUUCCUUGUCAUUCAGUUACUCCAUGGUCCUCAGAUUUAUGGCAAACAUGGCAGAUGGGUAAGGGAAGUUGAUUUUACUCCAUCCUCUUGCAUUGGGCAGUCUUCGGCUUUAUGUUUGGAACUUCAAUGGGGGGCUCGUGUUUCAGAUAUUAGUAGAGCGUUUCCUUCUUAUAAAAGACGAGGAGAGCUAUUCGUUCUAGAGCCAGGUUCAACUUUCUCUUCCAACUCUGAUUUUGCUCCAAUCAUUAGUCCACCCCAAGGCUUUGACAUGCCAUUCAAGAUCUUGUUUAAAAUUAAUUCCUUGGUUCAGUACGGUUGUCUUCCUGGGCCAGCACUCAAUGCCAAUUUCUUUUGCUUGGUUGAUCCAAACAGAAUAAAUAUGGCAUACAUAGAACAUGCAUUGGACAAACUAUCUCAUCUACAGAAAUGUUGCUAUGACCCUACAAAUUGGUUGAGUGAGCAAUAUGAAAAGUACCUCAUGUCUGGGAGACUUCCUAAAUCUCCAGCUAUUGCCUUAGAUAAUGAAUUAGUAUAUGUACGAAAGGUUUUGGUAACUCCAUCUAAGAUAUACUUUCGUGGUCCAGAGAUUAGACUUUCCAAUCGUGUCUUACGCAGUUAUCCUAAUGAAAUUGAUAAUUUUAUUUGUGUUUCUUUUGUGGAUGAGAAUCUGGAUAAAUUAAACGUGAAAACAUUAUGUCCCUGGAUAUUUGAUAGAAAUGAAGAAUUGCAUACUCAGCGUACUAGAGUUUAUCAAAGAAUAAUAUCCACUCUAAGAAAUGGCAUAGCUAUUGGUGACAAGAAGUUUGAAACUCUUGCCUUUUCAAAUAGUCAAUUGAAAAAUAAUUCUUUGUGGAUGUUUGCAUCUAGACCUGGCCUUACUUCAGCAGAUAUCAGGGAGCAGAUGGGUGAUUUUCGCGAGAUAAAGAAUGUGGGGAGAUAUGCAGCUAGACUGGGUCUGCCUUUCGGUGCAACCAUUGAAGCAUUGCAUGUUGAUAACAAAGAAAUUGAAAUCAUUCCUGAUGUAGAAACUGAGAGAGAUGGAAUUACAUAUGUUUUCUCUGAUGGAAUUGGAAAGAUAUCUGCUGAAUUGGCUCAGAUAGUGGCUAGAAAAUGUGGCAUAAAAAGCUCUACUCCUUCUGCCUUUCAGAUUCGAUAUGGUGGAUAUAAAGGUGUUGUUGCUGUGGAUCCAAAUUCAUCAGUAAAACUGUCAUUUAGAAAGAGUAUGUUGAAAUUCAAAUCGAAAAGCACUAGCCUGGAUGUUUUGGCAUGGAGCAUGUAUCAACCUUGUUUUCUUAAUCGUCAGUUGAUAACCCUUUUGUCUGCCCUCGGUAUUCAAGAUUGUGUUUUCAAAAGGAAGCAGAAAGAGUUUAUAUCUAAACUAAAUGCUAUUUUAAGAGAUCCCUUAAGGGCACAUGCGGCACUGGAAUUGAUCUCUUCAUGGGAGAACACAAAUUUUCUCAAGGAAAUGCUUAUUUGUGGUUAUAGGCCAGAUGAAGAACCGUUUCUUUCAAUGAUGCUACAAACAUUUAGAGCAUCAGCUUUGUUGGACUUGCGAACCAAAACAAAGAUAUUUGUUCAAGAUGGACUAGCUAUGAUGGGAUGUCUUGAUGAAACGGGGACUUUGGAAUAUGGUGAGGUAUUUGUGCAAUAUUCUGGCACUAGUACUCAGCUUUCUGACAACUCCUCUUAUAUGAUUAGUGGCAAUGGAUCAGUUCAACAUAAGAUUGUUGAGGGAAAGUUAUUAGUUUCAAAAAAUCCAUGUUUACAUCCAGGAGAUGUGCGCGUUUUAAGGGCUGUGAAUGUGCCGGCUUUGCAUCACAUGGUGAAUUGCAUUGUUUUCCCAUCAAAAGGAAAGAGACCACAUCCAAAUGAAUGUUCGGGGAGCGAUCUGGAUGGAGAUAUCUACUUUGUUUGCUGGGAUCCUGAUCUCAUUCCUCCUUGCCAGUUUCCACCCAUGGAGUAUACACCAGCACCAACUAAGAAUUUGGAUGAUGAUGUUACAAUAGAGGACAUUGAGGAAUUCUUCGCUGACUAUACCAUCAAUGACAACAUAGGGGUCAUUUGCAAUACACAUGUCGUCUUUGCAGAUAAAGAGCCUGACAAGGCAAUAAGUAAUCAAUGCCUUGAGCUUGCUGCAUUAUUUUCCAUUGCUGUAGAUUUCUUAAAAACCACUGUGCAUGCCAGAAUGCCUCAACAUCUACGCGUCAGUAAAUAUCCAGAUUUUAUGGAUAAAGCAGAUAAUAUUACUUAUAAAUCACAAAGUGUCAUUGGAAAGCCUUACCGACAAGUAAAAGCCAAAGCUUCCAUAAAACCCUUCACUGAGGAAAUGGCGAAACGAUCAUAUGAUGAUGAAAUGGAAGUGGAUGGUUUCAAGGACUACAUAAAUGAUGCUUUUUACUAUAAGAGUAUGUAUGAUAGCAGGUUGGGGAGCCUAAUGCAUCAUUACGGGAUCAAAAUGGAGGCUGAAAUACUCAGUGGAUGUGUGUUGGAAAUGGCAAGCUCGCUUGAUAAUAAGGAUUGGGAAGCAGUUGCUUGGGCUGUAAGUAGCCUGAUAAGUGAAGCCAGGGCGUGGUUCAACAAUAAUAAGAGAAGUGAGUCAGAUUCUAGUUGUGAUGCUGAUAAUUUGUAUGCAAAAGCUUCAGCUUGGUAUUAUGUCACUUACCAUCCGAGUUACUGGGGACGCCAUAAUGAAGAAAUGAAUGGAGCCCAUUUCAUUAGCUUUCCGUGGUGUACGAUUCAUGACAAACUCAUGGCGAUCAAGAGGGCAAAACUGACAAAAUACAGGUAUUGAAAUUGUUGUAAAUGUCUGAUGUUAUUGUAAAAUGCAAGUGCUGUGAUUUUCUCUCUCUUGGAAUUUUUCAACCCAUUGAUUCUUGUAAUAAAGUGUAUAAAAUAAGUAUCUAUCUGGGUUUGUGUGUCAGCCUCUUUGUCUUUUCUGUUAUUACUGUUAAUUGUUUGUCAUUAUUAUAAGAUUCAAAUGUGUUCAUAUCACAUCAGUUUUGGUUCAUAAGCACAUAU